GCUGCCGCCUCUCCCCGCAGGCUCUCGCUGUACGAUGCCGCUUGUCAGGCCGCCCAGGAGAUCGCGGAGAAAAUCCAGGAGCGGAACCGGUACCAGAGGAACGGGGAGAGUUCAGCCAAGCUCAAUGUGAUUAUCAGGUCGUUGCUGCAGAAUUUCAGAGAGAAGAUCGAUCAGCUGAAGGACUUACUGCUUCGGGCUGUAUCAACACACCAAAUCACGCAGCUGGAGGGAGACAGGAGGCAGAAUUUGGUGGACGACCUUCUCACGCGACAGAAGCAGCUUCAGGCGUCUUACAAGAAUGAAGGCACAGAACCAGACGUGAUAAGGUCUAGCCUAAUGACGGGAGGGAUCAAACGAGGUGUAACCAACCCGUGGCUCUUGGAAGAAUCUGAGGAAACCAGAGGGCUUGGCUUUGACGAUCUCAGGCAGCAGCAGCGGAGGAUCAUAGAAGAGCAAGAUGCUGGACUCGAUGCUCUUUCUUCAAUCAUAUCCCGGCAAAAGCAAAUGGGGCAGGAAAUUGGGAAUGAGCUGGAUGAACAGAAUG